UAUUAAAAUAAUAACGAAAGAACUUUUUGUCGGCUCUUGUUGCUGUACGUUCUGAAACAUUUUCAAACGGCCUCAAUUUAUGGAAAAACAUUUUGUCUACAUUGAAACAACAUAACCUGAGAAACAUUUGUGUUAUGUUUUCGACUUUAAAGUUACGUUUGUUGUUCUAACAUGUAGUUGUCCAUACUCAAGUCAGUUUGUUUCAAGCUGUUAAUGAUGACUGAAAGAGACUUGCUCCUUUCAACUGCGGUAUUUAUUAUCAGUGGUAAAAAGAGGAGAAAACAAAAUGAAUAAUAGUGUUGUAGAACAUGAAGUAACUUCAUAUUCAUUGAUUUGAAAUGAACGGUGGUAAAAUUAUAAGUAAUAAUUUGUUCAAUCUUGAAGAUUAUGAAGUUGAUGAUGAAUUUUGAAGAAAUGAUGGUUGAUCAUAAUUACUUAUUGAUGCUUCUCACAGAAUGUUGCAAAUAAUAUGUUCUACCAUAUUCUACGAAUGAUCUGUCCGAACUACUCUCAAUUUAUAUGCUAUAUACUCACCAAAAACUGUAAAUCUAUCAUGAUGUUUUUUUUAUUGUCGAGUAGUCUUCAUUGAUGUCAAAUUGUUUGUUAUUUUCUUUUGCUAAAGCUUUGUUAUUAGAUGGAUUUUGAGAUUUCUUAGUUUAUCCUUCAUCUGAAGAAUAAUUUAAUUCUUCUUUUGUAGAAAUAUUUGGACUGUGUUCUUUUUGGAUAAAAGUCCAUAUUUCUGGCUUUAUGGUUUGCUUUUGUUGAUUGCAUUUUUUGUUAAUGUCUUCUGUUGCAUGUAAGGUUUCCGAAUUAUCAUUGUUGACUUUUAUAUCGCUCUCAUUAGAUUCUGAAGGAUUCUGAAAUAAUUUCAAAAAUAUAAAGAAAUUGAAAUUUUUAAUUUCAAAAUUUUUUCAUGGAUUCAAGAGCUCAAACAAAGGGAUCACUGCAAAGAAUUUUUAAUUGCUGGUUGUUAAGAACAAAUUUCAAAAAAUAUCUUUAGAACUUUGUCUACUAGAUUUAGUAUACUAUAAAAAUCAUUACUUCUACAUUUGACAGAAGUUGAGAAAGUCGUUGCCACCUAUAUUCGCUUGCACAACUUUCUUAGCUGUAAUUCAAUUUCUUUCUAGAACUGACGUUCUUGUCAUAUAUAUCAACAGAAACGUUUGAUCUGAAAGGUAAUGAUACAGAGAACAUUAUACCUGGUUCAUGGAAACAAGAAAUGGGAGAUCAAUUAAAUCUUGCAUCAAUUAGAAAAAGAUCACAUAAUUCUUCACAAAAAGCAAAAAAUAUUUUAAAAGAAUUUAGUAAAUAUUUUGUGUCACCCAAAGGUCAGAUUCCAUGGAAAUAAAAUUAUUGUUAAUGAAAAUUAGAUUUAAAUUAAAAUAAAUAACAGCCAGUAUUUUGAAAAAAAUCAAAUAAUUUAGGCCAAAUUAUAAUUAAUAAAAUAUAUAUAUAUAUACUUAAUUGAAAACUUACCUCCAUUUUUUCACUUAAAACAUUAUCACUCCGUUUGCGAAUCAUGUUUUUAUUCCUAAGAUAUAGUAUGGAAUUAUAAGCGUAUCAUUUAGAAAUAAAUACAUCUUCAUCUCCUGAUUUCUUCAUGGAAUUCUUUUUUUCUUCGGUCCCUGUAAAAUUGUGCACUUAAUUUUUUCAUUUUUCGUUUGACUUGUACUAUACCUGUUUUGAUAACACUACUGAUUUUUUUACACGUGCCUUCUCUUAAAAUUAAAAUUUUGCAUUUAUAAUGUGUAUUUGAAGGAAUCCACAAAUAUUCGUAUUUUUUGUACUGUUCAAUUAAUAAUUAAUUCAUUGUCCCAUAUUACUAUUUCGGACAUUUUACCUAUAUAUAUCUAUAUGUAUGAAUUACGUUAAUGUCAACAACAAAGCGUAUAAACUGGGGGAAUAUUUGUUUCUGUUGUCAUGUAUUGGCCGUGCGUUUCUUAUAUUUUUCUUUAUUUUUACCGGUCUGAAUGGAAAUAGAAAGAUAAACGACUUUUGUUGCUAAGAAUGACGAAAUAACCUUCGAUAAUAAGUGGCGACUUUUUUGAAAUACAUGGAACAUCAACAAAAAGUUCUUCGUUUUUGUUGCUUCAGUGGGGACAAGAUUUUACAGAUUUGUUUCAAACUGCAAGGCAAAGGUUUUUUCUAAUCACAUAUGAAAAGAAACAAAAUUUUUUUUUUUUCUAUGUAGUAUUUAUUGGUUUUCUUUAAUAAAUAACAAUAUUAUAUAAUAUUUUUAAUUCAUCUGUGAUUAAGAUAAGUAAACAAUAAAAAGUAUCCUAAAUUUGUUUAAAACUAUGACAUUAUUUAAAUGUUAUAAUAGUUAAUAAGCUUUAUUUAUGAACAAUUAUUAAUCUCGAUUUUAUAUGCAAAGUUUUCGCACGAAACUUUGUAUAUUCAGAAGUAUUAUUUUUUUAAAUAAUAAAAAUUGUUAGAUUUAAAACGAGAUUAAAGAUGCCGUAUGAAAUGUUACACGUCAACUUUUGAUAUACUAUAUUAUAUGGACUGAUCAUUGAAAACAAAAGAAUAUGAAUAUUUAUUCUUUAUUAACACCUAUAAUAUUAAUAAUGAACAUGACAUUAAUAAUAAUUGUCUGUACACUUUUAUUCGUUUUACUUACAUUACCAAUGUUAUUAAUAUAUUGGAGAAGAAUAUAUGCAAAAGAACGUACAAAUAGGAAACGAAAAGGAACUGUUGUUGCAUUUUUCCACCCAUAUUGUAAUGCAGGUGGCGGAGGUGAAAGAGUGCUCUGGGCAGUUAUUAAAGCUGUACAAUCUAAAUAUCCAAAUAUACACAUAGUUAUUUAUACUGGAGACUUGGAUGCUGAUCCUGAACAGAUUUUAAAUAAAUCACAAAAAUCAUUUAAUAUAAAAAUUCAAUCGAAUAUUAAAUUUAUAUAUCUUCAUAAACGUAAAUGGGUAGAAGCACAAAUUUAUCCUUAUUUCACACUUUUGGGUCAAAGUUUAGGAUCUAUAUGGUUGGGUAUUGAGGCAUUAAAUAAUUUAGUACCAGAUAUUUAUAUUGAUACAAUGGGUUAUGCUUUUACAUAUCCAUUAUUUAGAUAUAUAGGAGGUUGUAAAGUUGCAUCGUACACCCAUUAUCCUACAAUUUCAACGGAUAUGUUGAGACAUGUUUACAAACGUGUAAUAUCACAUAAUAAUCGUCGUAUAAUCGCAAGAAAUCCAUUUUUAUCAGCUGCGAAAAUUGCUUAUUAUAGAUUAUUUGCAUUGUUAUAUGGACUUGCUGGUAGGACAGCAGAGAUUGUAAUGGUGAAUUCUUCCUGGACAGAAGAACAUAUUAAUGCCAUUUGGAAAUGCCCUUUGCGGACUCACAGAAUCUAUCCACCAACAAAUGUACAGCAUUUAACAUCUCUUCCACUUUUUGAUGAUACCAAAGAAGACAGUCAAAUUCGAAUAGUAUCUAUUGCACAAUUUAGGCCAGAAAAAAAUCAUCCUCUCAUGUUGAGAACAAUGUAUGAAUUAAGAUCGAUAGUUAAAGAGGAAGUAUGGGAAAAGAUACGCUUGGUAUUCAUUGGAUCUUGUAGAGAUGAAGGAGAUGAAGUACGUGUAAAAGACAUGCAAGACUUAUCUAAACAUUUUGCUUUGGAUGAAAAUGUUGAAUUUAAAUUGAAUAUACCUUAUUCUGAACUUGUAUCAGAACUACAAAAAGCAUCAAUAGGAUUGCAUGCUAUGUGGAACGAACAUUUUGGUAUCAGUAUAGUAGAAUGCAUGGCUAUUGGAUUAAUUAUGAUAGCUCAUGAUUCUGGUGGACCAAGAGCAGAUAUAAUAGAAACGCAGCCUGGUAGUCAAACUGGUUUUUUAGCAGAAGAAGCAGAAGAAUAUGCGAAAAUAAUAGCACAUAUUAUAAAUAUGCAUCCUGAAGAUAAAAAGACUAUUAGACUAGCUGCAAGAGCAUCUGUUAGUCGAUUUUCUAGUGAAUUAUUCGAAUUAGAAGUUUUACGAGCUAUAGAACCAUUUUUUAGACAAAAACAAGAUUAAUAUUAUGAAUUUACAAACUAUACAUUUAUUUUAAAUAUUUAACACGAAUUACUAUCGUAAUAUAUUUUUAAUGUUA